UACACAGAUAAGGGUGGAGGCAAACUGUAGAUGAUGUACAUUUUUAUACAGUAGAUGGCAGUAUGCACUAAAAUUCGCGAUUAAUAAAAAAAAAAAAAAAACGAAGAACUUUAACGCGCAUGCGCAGAUAGCUACCCGAUCGCGACCGUCUCUCACGUGACUGCAUCACGUCACUUCCUUCAAAGGCUUUACGCUUAUAAACGCAAGAGAUUCAGACAUAAAAAUUCACUAUUCUUCGAUGUCUUUAGGUUGAUUAAUAUUUUUUUAUGUCAGAAUCUACCACAUAAAUCACUCUUGCGGCAUCGUGACUCAAGUGGGGGCGGUGCUCUACGCGCAUGCGCAGAACCAAUCGCGGCUUGCCUAAGAUUUAUUCAUGAUUAAAUAAAGUCUUAAGGUUUUCUUUUUGUGUACACAUGAAUUGCUUGGAUCAGGGUGUACCUCAGAUGCCCUACCGAUUAAAAAAAAUACAUUUUAAAUGUAUUUCGAUCAUUGAGUCUCUCACAUAUAUGUCUAUAUCUCCCGUCAUCGCUCGGGAGAAAAUGGCGUCGAUCUGGGCGUGCGCAGUAGCAACCGUCACAAUCGAUGCACCCGUCACGAUCGGGUAAUGACAACAACAACUGGUGUCAGAAGUGGGAUAAACAGCAAACUUCAGUGAGUAAAUCCGGCCAAGGGAAAAUUAAUCUGGCGAAUCCUGACCCAAUCAAAAGCAUCGGAAAAAAAAAAAAAAAAAAAAAAAAAGAAGCUAUAACUCGUCUGUGGCAUUGGCGGAGCUAACGCUAAUACGCUAACGUCAAGUGAUCGCCGCACACACUAGUGCAACUUCCGGUCCGCUCCUUCAAAAUAAGAGCGAAACCGGAAGUACAUCACAAAAUAGACAUUUGAAAGUGAAAUCAAUAAAAAACGAAGAAAGAUCGUCAUAAAAAUGACUGAGGAAUUUGGAGGUGCUACAGCAAGCAAUCCAGAGGCAGAUACAGCUCCAAAAUGGUUACAAGCUUUGUUGGAGAAUCAAAAUCAACAAACAAGGGAUUUUCAAAUGAUGUUGGCCCCCGUCCUGUCUCACAUAGCCAACACAUCAUCUGCUCAACAACCUGCAGCAGAACUCAGGAGUGCUAGUGGGGAGGAGAGCAACGCCUUAAUGACCUCUACUAGGGAGAGACGCCCACCUGAACCGAGCACAUCUUCUGGCCAAACGACUCGACCAAAACAUCGUGCUCCCUUUGCAGCCGAAUUGGAGGUGAUUGAUCAAAGAGCCCGGAGUUCAGGCCCCUCCAGACGGAAUGCAGCUCUUGAAACUGAUAGCGGGCGCAGAGAAAAUAGAGAGACUGAGCGUGAAACUCAACACACGCUAGGCUAUCGUGAUGAAAGCAGACAAAAUAAUUAUGGAGUUCAUGCUAACACCUUGCCAGAAGUGCAACGGGCAAAAUUAGCCACAUUUGAUGGAAAUGAGGACUGGGAGUCGUUUCUGAUGCCAUUCGAACGUCAAGCCAGGAAAUAUGGAUGGAGUGCCAUGGAACGAGUGGACAGAUUACAUGAGUGUUUGAGAGGAGCUGCAGUGCGCUAUGUUUGCUCACUACCAGAGCGUACGAGGGAAGAUUAUGUACUUCUGGUCGAGCAACUCACUCAACGCUUUGGGAAAAUAGAUCCUCCGACAACAAUAAGGAGGAAGCUUGGAGAGCUCCGACAAGGCAGAGAGACGUCAGCUGAAUUUGCUGAAGAGGUGCGACGGCUCAUCACACUCGCCUACCCAGGGGUCGAUCUGCAGCUGCAGGACCAGUUGGCCACUGAUGUUUUCCUCAAGGGCUUACGCAACCAAAAAGUUGCUUAUGAAGUAAUGAAUCGUGAUCCGGGUUCCCUUGUGGAAGCCCAGAAAUUUGUGGAGGCCCACGAACAUAACUUCAAAGCUACUGUGGGCCGCGACCCCGAAAUAAAGAACCGAGCAAGACGCGUUUCAUGGGUCGAUGAAGAAGAUACAUGUGAAGAUGUAUCAACAAUGUCCCGCCGAAUUCAAACCCCGCAGUAUGUUACCGUUGACCAGUUCACUGCUCUAAUGGACCAAAUGAAAGCCCUUGUUAACAAAGUGGAUCAUCUCCAGCUUCAAGUGGAAAAUCUCUCAUCUACAACUACAGGGCUUCAACAACCAAAAGCAUCCCAACAACCCAUAUCUGGAAUAAAACCGAACUACCAACUGCUGCAAUCCAAUAGAGGACGCUCUCAAACACCAAGCCCAAAUCGUGGAUCAGCAGGCCCAUGUUUCAGGUGUGGGGAAGCUGGACAUUUCAGAAAAGACUGUGUUAGGCCAUCCAGCCCAGCCCGUAACCACGGUGACAAACACCAAGACUUCCAGGUGCAGUCAGGUGACAGCUCAGUUGUGGACGACGAUUUCCAGCUACAAGGCCGGCAGAUUGGAUGCACCAAGAGGAGAGGUGAGAGUUUACAAAUUCCUCUAACCGUGAAUGGCAUUCCAACGCAAGCUGUGGCAGACACUGGUGCACAAACAACUGUGAUAUCAGAGGAGUUGUACCAAAGAAUACUGGAAAACAACACAACACCUGUCGAUCUACCUCAGACAUACCUACUGAGCGCAGGAGUCGGGGAUGGAAUGGAAGCUAAGCACGGACUCACAGUAACCUUUAAAAUUGGGUCCAAGUCUAUUGCCUGGGAGGUGCAUGUUGCUUCAAUAAGAGACUGCGUACUCCUUGGGUUGGAUCUGAUGAAAGCACAUGACGUUGUCAUCUAUACCCGUGGCAAAGUUUUCAUUGGUGGUGAACUUGUACCUUCAAAAAUUGUGCGUGAUGAUGGUACAGACUAUUGUAUGACCAGAGUGAUGCUUGGAAAAGCCACAACCAUUCCAGCGGCAUCUGAAUGCAUUGUGUGGGGUGAAGUGGAAGACCCGAAAUCAGGAAUUACAGCUGUGUUAGAACCUUUCCACAUCACAGAUAACUUAACUUCUGGGAGUGUUCUGGUCACCAUGGCAGAAAAAGUUCCAGUUAGAGUGUGCAAUUUCUCCACUGAAAAAACAGCACUAUCAAGAGGAGUUUGCCUGGGGGUUCUCAUAGAAGCUUGUCCUGAAAUCCACCAUAGGCCAAAACAGGAUGCCGGAGAGGACGCACCAUCACUGGUGGUCGGAAGAGUGGCAACCAUCCCUGAAAUUCCAAGACAUCUUCAGAACCUAGUUGCUGCUACAAGUGAAGCUCUCAGUGAAGAUCAGCAACAACGCUUCACCCAAUUGCUGCUCACUUACCAAUCCAUCUUUGCCAAAAAUGAUUCCGAACUUGGCUACCUGUCUGCCGUCACACACAAGAUAGACACCGGAUUAGCCAGACCUGUACGCCAGCCAGUGAGGAGAACCCCUCUUGGAUUUCAAGGUGAGGAGGAAAAACAUCUGAAGGCCAUGCUGGAAGCAGGUGUGAUCACGGCAUCAGCUUCUGAAUGGGCCUCCCCAGUAGUCUUGGUGCGUAAAAAAGAUGGAGGGGUGAGGUGGUGUGUGGACUACCGUGCCUUGAACAAUCUGACAGUCAAGGACGCUUAUCCACUUCCCCAGAUUGAGGAAUGUCUCGAUGUCGUCGGUGGAGCUACUAUGUUCUCAACCCUUGACCUUCAGUCUGGCUACUGGCAGAUCUCGGUGGAUAGCAAAGACCGUGAAAAGACUGCAUUCAUAACCAAAUGGGGUCUCUAUGAAUAUACUCGUAUGCCAUUCGGAUUGUGUAAUGCGCCAAGUACAUUUCAGAGGGCAAUGGAAUAUGUCCUUAGAGGCCUUCAGUGGGAAACUCUUCUCAUUUAUCUGGAUGAUGUCAUUAUUAUUGGAAAUGGUGUUGAACAAAGUUUAGACCGGCUCGAGCAGGUUUUUCAGAGGUUCCAAAGCCAUGGGCUGAAACUGAAGCCAUCAAAAUGCCAUCUGCUUCAAGAAGAAGUUCUCUUCUUGGGUCACGUCGUGAGUGGAGGAGGAGUCCGACCAAACCCAGCUCUCAUCAAAGAUGUUCAACAAUGGAACCCUCCCAACAACGUUAAAGAGUUGCAAGUUUUUCUCGGACUAUGCAACUACUAUCGCAAGUUUGUUCCAAAUUUUGCAGAACUGGCAAGCCCCCUCCAUAACCUUCUCAAAAAAGAGACUGUGUUCCUAUGGACGGAUAAGCAUCAGUUUGCUUUCACACUGCUCAAACAAAGACUCACAACUGCACCCGUGUUAGGGUAUCCUCAUCCUGACGGCAAGUUUAUUCUUGAUACUGAUGCAUCCAGCAACAGUGUAGGAGCAGUCUUGUCUCAAAUCCAAUCGGGGGAGGAGCGAGUUUUGACUUACGCUAGUAGCCACCUUUCUCCAGCUCAACAACGGUACUGUGUUACUCGCCGCGAGUUACUUGCAGUUGUUCGUUUCACUCGUCAAUUUCGCCACUAUCUACUUGGAAGAAAAUUCCUACUUAGGACCGAUCAUGGUAGUCUCACUUGGCUUUUCCGUUUCAAAUGCCCGGAAGGACAACUGGCCCGUUGGCUUGAAGAGUUGAGCCAAUAUGACUUCCACAUUGAACACCGAGCUGGUAAACGCCAUGCUAAUGCAGACGCCAUGUUAAGGUUGCCAAGAGAAGAGGUGGACAAUUGUGACUGCUACCAGGCUGGAACAAACCUAUCAGAUCUGCCAUGCAAAGGAUGUGUAUACUGCCAAAGAAUUCACAAACAAUGGGCCAAAUUUGAAGAAGACGUUGAUUAUGUUGUUCCACUAGCUGUCAGGUGCAUUGAACCACAAAGUGACACAAUCAGCCAGGAGGCAUCAAUAGAAGACCAACUAUCUGAAACAAGCCCAGUGGCCAACUGGCUCGAGUCGUUUACUCCGGAGCAACUCGCAGCACUUCAGAAAGCAGACCCUGUGCUUAACAUCCUUUACAAUUGGAAGCAAACUGGGACACUGCCUUCUAAAGACGAGGUAAUGCUUGAGUGUCCUGCGGUGAGAAAGUUUUGGCUUUGUUGGCCCCAGGUCACACUGAGACAAGGAGUCCUUCACUAUUCCUGGGAGAGGAUUGGAGAACAGCAACCAGCCUAUCUACUCUUGGUUCCCGCAUCCAUGCAGAAAGAAAUCCUGCAGUUCUGCCACAAUCCUCCAUAUUCCGGUCACCUAGGAGAAGCCAAAACUCUUGAGCGUGUGCGUCAAAAUUAUCACUGGUAUGGCUUGAGUGGGGAUGUUCAUCUGUUUGUCAAGAGGUGUCUCCAUUGCAGUGCAUGCAAGAAUGCCGGACCAGCAAACAGAGCAAAGAUUCAAAGUUACCAAUGUGGAGCACCCCUAGAUCGGUUGCACCUUGACAUUCUCGGGCCAUUCCCUGUGUCAAACUCUGGUAACAGAUACAUUCUUGUCAUUAUCGAUCAGUUUACCAGAUGGGUCGAAGCCUUCCCUGUCCCUGACCAAGGUGCUGAAACGACAGCCAAGAAGCUUGUCUACGAGUUUAUUGCAAGGUUUGGAGCUCCACUUGAGCUACACACAGAUCAAGGUCGUAACUUCGAAAGUGCGCUGUUUCAAAAUGUGUGUAGACUUCUCCAGAUUACCAAAACCAGGAGCACACCGUAUCACCCAUCUUCUAACGGGCAAGUAGAACGCUUCAAUAGGACCUUGCUACAAAUGCUUCGGUGUUAUGUGAACCAGAGCCAGAAAAACUGGGAUGAGCAUUUGCCACUUCUCGCUGCAGCAUACCGCAGUUCCCGACACUCAGUGACUGGAUACACUCCCAAUAGACUAAUGCUUGGCAGGGAAACCCACCAACCCCAAGAUAUCCAAUCUGGUACUGCGAAGCUGAACACCGGUCCCAUGGAAGUGUCAGAUUUCCUGUACAAUCUGGAAGAAGGUUUGAAUGAAGUGCACAGCUUGGCGAGAGAGCACCUCCGCACUGCACAAGCACGGCAGAAAAAGAUGCAUGAUCUUAGAGCAAGAGAGCAUUCAUACAAUGUUGGAGACCUGGUAUUCCUUAAGGAUGACACCAAGAAGAAAAGAAUGAGCCCAAAACUUCAACCAAUUUGGAAAGGUCCCCUUAUUGUUGCUGCACGGCGAGGUCCUGUCCUGUAUGAGAUUCAAGGUCCCAAGCGGAGCAUCAUAAUACACCAUGACAGACUCAAGCCUUACAACAGUGACGUGAUACCAGUCUGGGUGUCGCGCCAAAGAAGCUUACUGCUGCAACGUCAAGAUACAGACAACCAGACGAGUGAAGAGGACGUUCCCCUGGUGCCGGAAAUACUGAUGCAAGACAACUCAAACAAAGCGGCUGAGGACUCGAGUGAGCUGUCCAAAGGUUCGUGUGACGCAUCUACUCCCAGCGACCCAGCAUGCCAGAUGACAAGACGAGGUGAUAUAGACUCAUUAGAAAAGACUGUUAGAACAUCCAGUGGUCGCGUUGUUAAUAGACCAAAAAGAUUCAAGUAUUAGCAAUGCAUAGCACUACGCUAAUGGUUCUAUUUGUUUCAGUUAAUGUUAUUCCACUGUUGAUAAUGUUGCAAUUUCAUAGUCCUUAGUUAUUCCUCUAUACACUGCCUGCGAUACUGAAGGGACUCAGUAUUCCUAGAGGGGGGGGUAGUGUAGUGAAGUUGGGGUUAAUAAGCCUAUGGUAACCUUCUGUUAUUGUUUUGAUUUUUACGAGCCGCUUAUGGUCAUUGAACGCAGCCUCGGUAUAUAACUGGCUGGCAUCGCGAGACUCGUCGUUCGUUUUUUCUGUUGUUGCACGGUUUUCACGGCUCGCUGCCCGGAUACGCUAAAACGCUGUCCGUGCCUGAGCUAGAAGCCAGCACAACUCAUACGAGAACCAUCAGUGACGUUGUACGUGACUAACCUGUGCUGAAGAGGAAUAAAAGUCGCAAGUGAGAUCCCUUUGUUGUGCGAAUCUGUUCACCCACGCCGCGCACAUCCGCCAUCACGGAAGGCGGCAGCACGACAAUAUAUUAUUAGAUUAGUCGACUAAUCGUAAAAAUAGUCGGCUGACUAAUCAAGAGGAAAUUAGUCAUUUGGGACAGCCCUAGUUAUGACACUUAAAGAGUUGUCAGUCUACCUUAAAAAAAAAAAAAGUCCACAUUAACCCCAUGAGAAACCACCCACGCACCACCUGAUCUUCCAACAUGACAAUGAUCCAAAACCCACAGCCAAGCUGACCGAGGAAUGGCUGGGUAAAGAGCAUAUCAAGGUUCUGGAGUGGCCUAGCCAGUCUCCAUAUCUCAACCUAAUAGAAAAUCUUUGGAUGGAGCUGAAACUUAAAACCUAUCAGAUCUAGAGAAGAUUUGUGUGGAGGAAUGGGCCAAAAUCCAUGUUUCCAUAUGUGAAAGCAUCUAGCCUCUGUAAUUGCUUCUGCACUAUACAUUAGCACUGAUUUUCUCAGGGGUACAAAUACUUAA